ACUCUCCCACGCAGCCUGCUUUCCUGGCCCGCUUGCCUCGGCAGCCGUGGCCUGGACCUCCCUUGCGAUUUCCCGUUUCUGCCCCCCUGCUCCCGCGGGGAGGGUGCAAUCCCGGCCACUCGCCAGGCAGCCCCGGCUGCGCGGGGCGAAGCCGCUCGGGAAGUCUGGGCAAAGUCUCGUCCGCCUCUCUUGCAGACGCGUCCUGGGAGGGGCCGCUCUCACGCCCCGUAACCGGAGGAAGCUCAGAAGCACCACACUUCAGGGGAGGCGUCUGUGGAAGAGUCGAGUGCCGUGCAGGUCCAGGGGUCCAGAGAGAGCCAUGGCAGCCGUUCCCUCUGCUCCAAACGUCCCGCCACCUUCGUACGAGGAGACCACGGGGAUCAACAACUCUGCGCCGUACCCGUACGCCACCCCUGGAGAGGCCGGGGCGGCCUCGAAAGGUGGAUAUGCUCCACCAUACCCUGCGCAGCCCUACACGGUGCUUCCGGGCCCGGCGGCAGCGGUGAACACAGUCUACCCGCUGGUCUUCCACGACCGCCCCGUGCAGAUGUGCUGCCCGUCGUGCAACCAGAUGGUCGUGACGCAGCUCGUGCACCACGCGGGCGCCCUGACCUGGCUCUCCUGCGGGGGCCUCUGCCUGCUGGGGUGCUGGAUCGGCUGCUGCUUCAUCCCCUUCUGCAUCGAUGCGCUGCAGGACGUGGACCACCACUGCCCCAACUGCCGCGCUCUCCUCGGCACCUACCGGCGGCUCUGAGGGUGCGUGGCGCGGGAGGGGCCGGCCGACCAUGGCAGGGAGCCCGCGGGGGCCCUUGCGGCCCCCCUUCGCAGCGUGCCUUUUGAAGGGGCCUUCAGGAUGACUAGAUUGGGGGGAAACAAAUAGCCUUUCUCAGCAUCUCUCUUCCCGUGUGUACCUCUUCUGUCCUGCAGGGAAUCAUCAGGUGAGAGUCCGUGCAGGGUGCCUCGUCUGGAGGAAGCGGAGUCGAUUCUGACUUUGCCGCUGCUCUGGGCGCUGGCCAGGCCCCCUGCCUUUGCACUGGUAGAAGUCAUUGCCGGGGGGGGGGGGCCUGGGCCGCUUCGGGGGCCCUUUGCACCACGGCCCGCGGGCUGCACUCCGCACCCUCGCUCUCGGCCCUUUCUUGGAGCCUCAACGACGCGCUUGUCGCCACCCCCUUUCCAGGCUACUUCCACGGCGCCCCUGCCCGGAUUGUGGCCAGGGGAGGCUUUUGGUGCCUUCCUUAACCGUUGUCCUAAACUGGAGCUGGAAUUGCUUGAAACUCACACACAGGCACACGCGGCUCUUGCACGGAGGCGAGCGCAGCACGGAAAGGACGAAGCGAUGGUGGCGGAGUUCUGGCCCGGGAUCUCUGCUCCGCCUUGGGGCGAAGGCCACCAGGGAGGGCGGGCUCCACGCCGCUGCCUUGUUGUGCAGGGCGCACGCCUCCCGAGUGGGCUGGGAGGAGCGGGGCUUUGGUGCGCUUUGCCACCGCCGGGCGGGCGGAGCGGCCUCACCUGCACCCAUGGAGCCUGGGCCCCGGAUUCUGUGGGGUGGCCGAGAGGCUCGCCGUCUUCGGGUGCGCGCGAGGCGCUGCCUCUUCAGUCCCGGCUGGCACCCGUGGGGCUCCCGCAGGGCCCCUGCUCUGCUGCAGCGGGACCCACACACCACUAGGAGAGUGCCUUUUCGCUGUUGGUGUGCACACUUGGCCCUGAAUUGUGGAGGCUGCCUCCGGGCGGAUCGAAAACUGCUGGGAAUCCCAGCACCCUGAGAAGAAAAAUAUUCCUGCUCCCGUUUUUUUUCUGGGGUGCUGGGAAGCCAACCUUGGGAGAAACGUCGUAUUUCUUUUCAUUCCACCUUUCGGGUAUAAAGUCACUGUGAUUUCAGGGACACAAAAUGCAUUGCGUAUAAUGUGGUUUGCUCAUAAAAUUAUCAUUAUAAAUAAAAACUAUUAGGAAAGUUGCAUAAAUGGAAUAAAGUUUUUGAAAGUA